AUGGGGAUAAAGGGAGAUGUAAAGCCAUGUAAGAAAACCCCCCUAGAAGUAAGAAAUGCUUUGAAGGAAGCGUAUGAGAAGAAUCUAGCUGAUAAAAAUGCUUCCCUAAAUGAGCUACAAGAAGAUGAUGAUGAGCUUGAAGAGGUGGAAGAAAUCCAUAACCUUAGAACUGGAAAAAGGGGAGUAAUACCCAGUAGUGAUUCCUCUGUUGCUGCCAAGAAAGGCAAUACUGUGAAAAGUCCCAUGGACUUACUUCUUUUGAAAAAUCCAGAAAACAGCUUCAAGUUGGGGGAAAGGCAAACAAGCAUCAAUGAUGCCUGUGAUAAAGAAGCUAGAGCAAGAACAAUUCAAUAUAUUGAGAAGUUUUUAGUAACGAAUGGGAUACCUUUCAAUGUUGUACGCUCUAGAAGUUUUAGGUUGAUGGUUGAAGCAAUAGGGAACUAUGGUCCUCGUUUGAAGGUUUCAUCUUAUUAUGAAUGUAGAGUUACACUCCUUCAAAAAGAGUUAAAGUAUACAAAGCAAUUACUGAAGGAGCAUGCGAUAGAAAGAGUAAACUAUGGAUAUUCUAUUAUACUUGAUGGAUGGACAGAUAAGAAGGGUAGAACUUUGAUCAAUUUCUUGGUGAAUUAUCCAUCAGGAACUAUGUUUGUCAAGAGUGUUGAUGCUUCUUCGUAUAUGAAGACUGGUGAGAAAUUACAUGAACUUCUGGACACUUUUGUGAUGGAGAUUGAUGAACAAAAUGUUGUUCAAGUGGUGACCGACAAUAGAAGCAAUUAUGUUUUGGCUGACCUGAUGCUAGAAGAUAUUGGAAAGCUUGAUCGAGUAAAGAGGACAAUAAAAAGAGGCAUUAGUCUAGUAGGUUUCAUUUAUAAUCAUUCAUUGGCAUUGAACACCAUGCAAAAGUUCACAAGCAAAACAGAAUUGGUGAGGCACGGAGUGACAAGGUUUGCCACCACAUUCCUUACAUUGCAAAGGUUGUAUAAGCAGAAAAGCAACCUCCGAAGGAUGUUCACUUCUGAUGAGUGGUCAAAAUCUAAGACUGCCAAAGACCCCAAAGGGAAAAGGGCAACUGAUAUAGUACUCAAUACAUCUUUUUGGAAUGAUAUCGUUUAUUGUCUUAAGGCUAUGGGGCCUCUUGUGGGUGUGCUGAGGAUGCUUGUUAAUUAA